AUGUCGGAGACUGCUGGAAAGACGAUCACUUGCCGUGCCGCUGUUGCCUGGGAGGCGAAGAAGCCAUUAUCAAUCGAAACGAUCGAGGUGGCCCCACCAAAAGCGCACGAGGUUCGCAUCAAAGUGCUCUUCAACGCCGUUUGCCACACCGAUGCAUACACUUUGGAUGGACACGACCCAGAGGGAAUCUUCCCCGUCGUUCUCGGGCACGAAGGAGCCGGAAUCGUGGAAAGUGUUGGUGAGGGCGUGGAGGGAUUUGCUCCUGGUGACCACGUGAUCCCGUUGUACGUCCCUCAAUGCAAAGAGUGCAAGUUCUGCAAGAAUCCGAAGACAAAUCUUUGCCAAAAGAUUCGAAUCACUCAAGGGAACGGCGUCAUGCCGGAUGGAACUUCGCGAUUCACUUGCAAGGGAAAGCAAAUUUACCACUUUAUGGGAACAAGCACUUUCAGCGAGUACACAGUGGUUGCCGAUAUCUCUUUGGCCAAAGUUGAUCAAAAGGCACCACUCGAUAAGGUGUGUCUUUUGGGAUGCGGUGUUUCGACAGGAUAUGGAGCUGUUUUGAACACAUGCAAAGUAGAAAAGGGAUCAACGGUAGCCGUUUGGGGACUCGGUGCAGUGGGAUUGGCUGUGAUCAUGGGUGCGAAAAUUGUUGGAGCUUCUCGAAUUGUGGCCAUUGACACGAAUGCAACAAAGUUCGAGACUGCUCGCCAAUUUGGUGCCACUGAGUGUGUCAAUCCGAAAGACUGUGGCGGAGAUAAAAGUUUCCAAGCAUGGCUUGUUGACACGUUUGAUGGCGGCUUUGACUACACUUUUGAAUGUAUCGGCAACGUGAAUACAAUGCGACAAGCGUUGGAGGCGGCACACAAAGGAUGGGGAGUCUCGUGUAUUAUUGGAGUUGCGGGCGCUGGACAAGAGAUCGCGACACGACCCUUUCAAUUGGUGACUGGACGCUCGUGGAAAGGCUCGGCUUUUGGUGGAUGGAAAUCGGUGGAAUCCGUCCCAAAGCUCGUUCACGAGUACAUGGAAAAGAAGAUCGAAUUGGACUCGUUUGUCACGCACAGUUUCCCCCUCGAUCGCGUAAAUGAAGCUUUCGAUGUGAUGCACAAAGGAGAGAGUCUCCGCUCUGUGAUUCAAUUU